AUGAAUGUCCAGGACUAUUAUACAGAUAGUGAUGACGAUUCGGAGUAUGAGUUAAGUGAUAAUUCGGAUAUGAGUGACUCUGACGAAACAUAUUCGGAGACCGGUGACGAUGAACUUGUCGAAAACGUGACCAUGGACGAAUGGCAAGUUUUAAGUGAUCCUUUUUCCGAUCAGGUUCCUAGAGCUACGCAAAAUUUUUCUUCUGAAUAUACUUUUCACCCCGCCAUUGAUAUGGAAGAGUGCAGAGAUCCAGUCAAUUGUUUCGAAUGUUUUUUAAGCCCAAAUAUCGUAGCGAAAUUAAGUGAGUGGACGAACAGAAGAGCUGAAAUGUACUUUGAACAAAAUACAAAUACAAGGACAGUUUAUGGCGUUCAGUGGAAGAAACUAGAAAAAGAAGAGAUGUACGUUUUCAUCGCGCUUCAUAUUCUUACUGGAUUAGUAAAGUGCCCUCGCAUAACAGAUUACUGGAGUAAUAACAUUUUGUGCGCUGGUCCAAAAGUUUUCAAUAAGUCUAUUAUGAGUCGAAACAGGUAUCUUUCUAUACUCAAGUUUAUUCGGUUUUCGCCACCCGAAGCAGCAAGAAACAAUGCCCCUCUAAGCCGACUUGGAAUUUAUAUGUCCAUGCUCAAAGACAACUGCAAGACGUUGGUUGACCCUGGACCAGUGUUUGCAAUAGAUGAACAUUUGAUGCUUUAUAAAGGCAGAUUGCACUUUCGUCAAUAUAUUAAAACAAAAAGAAAUCGAUUUGGCAUAAAACUUUUUGCAAUGUGCCCAAGCGCUCCACAUUUGCGCGGAUAUACUUGGAACUUUUGUUUGUACGUAGGGAAAGACAAUUUCAAUGUAUCCCAUAUUCCAGGCACCGGAAACCUCACUGUUUCUGAUAGAAUUGUCGUGCAUUUAGCUCAAAAUAUACUGAACAGUGGCCGAGAAGUUAUUCUAGACAAUUGGUAUACAUCCGUGCGGCUUUCGCAAUUUUUACUUACCCAAGGAACCUAUUUGACUGGAACUAUAAGAAGCAAUCGUGGAGUUCCCGCUCAGUUAACUAGAAUUCCACUAGAAAGGUACCAAUCCUGCUUCGUACGGAAAGACAUGCAACUGCUUGUACGAUAUAAGGACAAGAAGGAUGUUUACUUGUUGACAAAACAAGAGCUACAGUGUAAAUAUAUCAUAACUAUUAGAUAA